UCUUGGGGGCUGGAAGCAGGGAAGGGGGGGGUGCAGCACUGAGAACGUAGGAGUCCGGGCCCCGCCCCCCCCGCCCCCCCCGCGCGGGGCUCGGGUGUCGGAACCGGACACCGGCAGCUCCUGCGUCAUCGCCCGGGAGCGGAGGGAUGGAGGCGGCUCCGCAGCAGGCCCCCUGGGAGGCAGCCAGCCCUGCCUGCUCCCCCCAGGCCCAGGGCCACCCCAGGAUGCUGCUGCAGGAGCUGGUGGAGGCCGGAUGGCGGAGCCACCUCUGGGAGCAGCUGUUUUGGGACUUCCAGCUGCUGGACACGGAUAGGGACGGGCGUGUGAGCCCGUGGGACGCAGAGCUGCUGCUGCGGGGCGUGCGGAGGGCCAGGGCUGCGGGCACCUCCUGGCACCGCUUCCUGGGGCAGCACCGCCAUGGCUUGGCUUGGGCUGACAUCCAGGCCUGGCUGUCCGGAGACCCCCAGCCUCCCCCAGCCCCCUGGACAGGAUGUCGAGCUGAGCCGGACACCGAUUGCUCCAUGGAGAGGGGUGCCAGCCCCAGACAAAGCAGCUCCCUGCCCCAAGGGGUGGCAAAGCUUCAGCUCCAGCAGCUCCUGGACUGGUCCUGGGACCCGAAGCUAAAGCCCAUCCCCAUGGCAUCGGGCCGGGCACAGCCGGCCGUGGGGCAGCAGACAGAGGUGAGCUGGAGACCUGCACAGCUGGAGCGGGACGGGGCCUGGCGGAGCCGCCUGCUGCCCCCCAGUGACCCAGAGCCGGCAGGCGCCUGGGGGCAGCUGCGCGCUGCCCUGUGGGAAGCCUGUGCCCGGCGGCUGGCACAGGGGUCGGAGGAGGCCGUGUGCAUGGACCACGCCACAGCCAUGCACCAGGAUGCCUGGCACAUGCAGGAGCCGGAGAUGCAGGGCACGGUGCCUGGGCAUGGACCCCUGGGCAGCUCCAGGGUGGCAACAGGGAGCUGGAACCCCCUCGGACAGCAUGGGCAGUCCCCAGCAGCACUCCUAGAGCAGGACUCCAUGCCCCACGUCCUGGAGCUGCAGCCGGUCGAGGUUGCAAUGCCAGGAGCUGCGGGCACCCAGAUGCAGGGGGUGCAGGACAUCCGGGCGCUGAGCCCUGCACCCCAGGCCAGGCCCCAAAGGCUGCGGCAGGGAAGACCGGUGGCUUCAGGGCUCCUGGAAACCGGGGAGAUGCCAGCAUCGCAGAGUCAGGGAUCCCCAGUGAUGGAGCGGGCGGGCAGUGAGCUGCAGGAAGAGGGGGUGGCAGACCCCAGUGAGGCCCCCCCAGCAGGUCCCGGAGCCCAGGGCAUGGAGCACCUGGCGUCGCUGGCCAGAGACACGGAGCCGCAUGCCCAGAGCACGCGUGGACCUGCAGAGGCUUGCCAGGCUCCGGAGACGCUGCCCAGGUCCCCGGUGCCCCUCCAAGCUGGGAUCCUGGAGCUGGGCAAGCCCCACGGAGCAGCGCGGAGCUGGCCAGAGCCACAGACCCCCGUGCCCCGAUACCCAUCGCCGCGGUGGCUGGAGCCCCGUCCGGCCCAGGGGAGGCUGCCGGGGGGUGAAGGGGUCCUGGCGCCGGAGAGGCAGCAUGUGGCUCCGGCGCUGGAGGCUCUGCGGGCUCAGGGGAUGCUGCAACGGCAGCUCCCGGCCCUGCAGCCCCGGGGGGCGUCGGAGCCGUGUCGGAGCCGGGGGCAACACCUGGAGCCCUGUCUGGUGCAGGUGCCAGAGCCGGGGCAGACUCAGGGCUCCAGCACCCAGCAAGUGCCCCUGCAAGAAGCCCCCGGCACCUGUCAGAGGGGGCUGGAGCUGCAGAUCCCGCUGCCCCGGUGGCUGGAGCCCCAGACCCUGGCGCUGGAGACCCUGAGAGCCCAGGGGAUGCUGCAGCGCCAGCUCCCAGCCCUGCAGCACCGGAGCCCCGUGCCCAGCUGGCCGGAUGUGCCACGGGGCCUGGAGCUGGAGGGGCGCACGGCCCCCCAGUCCCAGCCGCCUUCGCCACCGGGAGUCACGGCGAGGCCAGGGAGCCACGACCAGCACCCGUGGCCGGAGUGCAAUAGGCCCUGGCCGUGCCCCCUGCGCCGGGAGAAGGCAUUCGUGCUGCCCUCGCGGGCGGAGCAGCAGGCGGCCGUGCGGGAGCUGGCGGCGCUGCAGCAGCGGGCGCGGAGCCGAUGCCAGCAGGACCGUGAGCGCCAGCUGCUGCGGGUGCAGGAGCGGCUGUGCAUCGCCAGGGACAGGAAAGCAGAGGACAACUGCGUGGGCACAUGGCCGGGGGACCUGACCCAGCUGAGGCACCAGGCAAGGCCCUGCCCCGGUGCCAGCUCAGCACCACAGGAGCAGCGGCGCACGGCGGUGAGGCAGCAGCUGGAGCGGGUGCAACGGGAGCGAACCUGUGUCAUGCGGUGCCGGCGCCAGAGGAACACGCGGAGCUUCCAGGAGCUCCUGGACCCCCUGGUGGUGCCGGCACCUGGCGAACAGGAGCCACGUGGUGCCCAGUUGCCCCCCAGGGCCCCAGCGCCCCCCUAAACCUGCACCUGGGCCCCCCAGAUACCUCCACCAG